UUUGGAGUAAGUGGUGAGUGUGUCAGUGAAUCAGCUGAUCGACUUGUUUUUACGAUAAUAGUAAUCAGCUGAUAAUAAUCAUUAUGGAAAAUUUGACAGAUGAAGAUUUAGAGAUUCCUCCAUGUAAAUAUGAAUAUUUGGAUCAUACGGCUGAUAUACAACUUCAUGCAUGGGGUGAAACAUUGCAAGAAGCCUUCGAACAAGUCGCAAUGGCCAUGUUUGCUUACAUGACUGAAAUUGAUAAAGUUGAAAUAAAGCAGUCAUAUGAUAUUGAAGCGCAAGCUGAUGAUUUAAUGGGUCUAUUGUUUCAUUUCUUAGAUGAAUUAUUAUUCAUGUUUUGUGCUGAGCCCUAUCUUAUUGCAAAGAAAGUUAAAAUACUUGAGUUCGAUACUGUUAACUUUAAAAUAAAAGCAAGAGCAUAUGGUGAAGAAUUUAUAAUUGGGAAGCAUCCCCAAGGUGCUGAUGUAAAAGCAAUAACAUAUUCAGCAAUGCAGAUAUUGGAUCGACCGGAAGCGGACCGACCUGAGGUCUUCGUUAUUGUCGAUAUAUAACAAUCAUUAUAAUAAUAUAUGAUAAAAAUAAUAUCAGUAUCAUUUAUACUUUAAAUAUAAAUUCUUUUUAUUUUACUA